AUGAUGAUACUAAAAUUUAUUAUUAUCAUUGUUUCUAGAAUUUAAAAUAGUAAGAUCAGCUGAUAUUCUAUUUUACUUCAAAUAAUAUAAAUUAAAAANAAAUAAAAGAUUAAGAAAAAAUAGACUAAGAAAUAAAAGAUUAAGAAAAAAUAGACUAAGAAAUAAAAGAUUAACAAAUAAAAGAAUAUUAAAUAAAAGAACAAUAAAAAAACGAAGAAGAAAGAUGCUUUAAAACAAUGAUGCAAGGAACAGCACCAGUUUUUAACUUUUUCUAGCCAUAAAAUAUUUUAGAUAAAUUGCCUUAAUAAUUUAAAGAAAUUUAUAAUAAGUACGAAAAGUAUCAACCUCCUGAUUAAAAAAUUCAAUUUGACCCAGAAUUGCCAUUAUAUCCCUUAGAUGAGGAAUGCUUUUAUUAAGGAAAAAUGGUUGAUCAUAAGAAAUAAGGAUUUGGCUACUUUUUAACGUAAAAUGAAUUUUAUGAAGGUUAUUUCUAGGAUGACGAAAGGAAAGGUUGGGGUAGAGUUAUAAAUUGUUAAGGAUAUUUGGUAACAUAUAAAAACUAUAUUUUCUAGAGUGGGUAGUGGGACAAUGGAACCUUAUAAAAGGAAAUGGAUAUAAAAUAAAAGAAUUAUUCAUACAAAGGAUAAUGUAAAAAUUCAGCUCCUCAUGGAUAUGGGAAAUUAGAGAAACCAGAAUUUAUUUAUGAAGGUAAUUUUGAGGAAGGGAAAAAGUAGGGAAAAGGUACGUAAGAACUAAAAUUUACGAAUGAAAAAUAUGAAGGUGAAUUUUUUGAGGAUAAAUAUCAUGGAAAAGGAACUUAUUAUUAUUAAAAUGGAAAACGCUAUACCGGAAAUUUUAAAAAUAAUAAACCGGAUGGUAAAGGAGAGAUGUUUUGGCCAUCACCAGAAGAGAGAUAUUAUAAAGGUAGAAAUCCAUUCUCAAAAUUUUAGGUGAUUUCGUCAAUGCUUAGAGAGAAGGAAAAGGAUAUUUUAGAAAUACUGAUAAUUCAGAAUAUGAAGGAGACUGGAAAAAUGAUAAAUAGAAUGGUUUUGGAAAGUAUACUUAAGGAAAUUUGGAAAUAUUUGGAAAAUGGAAAGAUGGGACUUUUAUAGAGGAUGAAUAGCAAUAAUGA